UAAGAGUCUCAACAACUGACGUGGAACUCAACAUGAAUUCGAAAUAUCUAAUGUUUAUUGCCAUUAUUUUCUUUGGCACAUUUGCUAGUGGAUUAUGUAAUAACUUAACAAAUACUUUCCGUAUCAUAAGUCGUAAUGAAUGGGGCGCAGAACUACCGCGACUACCGCCCAUCGAACUGAAAGUAUACCCAGCUCCAUUUGUCAUUAUUACCCACACACUGACAGAACACUGCUCAAACGAACGUACGUGCGGCAAACUUAUUCGUGGAAUCCAAGACAUGCACAUGUUGCAGAUCGGUUGGAACGACAUUGCCCACAAUUUCCUCGUGGGCGGCGACGGGAACAUUUACGAGGGCCGCGGCUGGAACGUCGAGGGAGCUCACACUAGAAAAUUCAAUCACAGAAGCAUCGCCAUUGCGUUUAUGGGAGAUUAUUCGGAAACACCGGCUACGCAACAACAGCUGGAUGUAGUCAAAAACUUUAUACAAUAUAGUGCACAAGCAGGAAAAAUUGCGAGUAAUUAUAAACUCGUUUGUCAGCGGCAAGCAGAAUUUACAAGAAAUCCGGGCGAUAUUUUGUAUGAAAUUAUCAAAACGUGGGACCAUUUUGUUCCAGGACUCGUAUAUUAGUUUCAUUGCGAUGAACAUUACGGUAGGAACUAACAUUGAAAACAUUUAGUAAAAUGCAU